UGUAUGGAUGUUCCUUAAUAAGUGUUUCUUUAUCUGGGGGGCUGCGUGAUCUCCUGUGGCUGUCUCUCUCCCAUGUCAGCGAGCAGUCAUGAGGGAGCAGCCCUUGGCCAAGCUCAGGUCUGUAAAGCGCCUUUGAUGGAAUGCUCACUGCAUCUAUUGACGCGGUGGGAAGUCUGAGGUCACAAGCUUGGCUGAGACACAUGAGCCCAAUAAAGAGGCUGGUUUUGGCCUCCUGACACAAAGCCAGACACUUUAUCAGCUUCAUUGUACACUUAGGGUCAUGUGUUAACAAAGAGGAUUUCUCCAGUUAUAAUCCCCCUAAUGAUGGCUUCUCCCAGCCCUUCCCCACCAGGCCCCGUGGCUUGGCGGGCCAGAGAGAAUAAAGGCAACACGGUGCUUGGCUUUUGAACUGAGUUCAAGGCAAUUAAAGUCAAGGGCUAAGGAGAGCAGGAGGAGGCUUAGAAGCAGCGGCAUAAUAGGCACCAUGGCUGGAGCGGUCUGUAAAUUAGCUCAAUUAGACAGAGCCUGAUUUAACGGGGAGCACUGGCGAGAAGCCCUCCCCUCAUUAAAUUUGAUGUUACAGGAGCUUCUGAUGAAAUUAAAUUUGUGUUAGUUGUUUGACUCACAUAAAAUAGCAUGUGCACAGGCAUGUACACGUGUGCACACAUGUAGGUUCUGUGAUUUAGGUGAGAGUCUUGAGAGGAGAGAGGAAAGGGAUCGAGCUAAAAAAGAAAAGGGAAGAGAAGGAAAUUUGAGUGAGUGACUGCUCCAGAACUUAGUAGCGGAAGACAAGGAGAAAAGCCAGACAGAAAGCAGGUGGGAGGCCUGGCCAGGUCUUCCAAUUAAGAAGGCAUGGGCCUUGUGCGCUGGGGGCUUCUGCUGGCUUUGCUGGGUUGUGGAGUUCUGCCUGGGGUUCGGGCUCAGUUUCCCCGUGUCUGCAUGACCUUGAGUGGUGUGCUGAAGAAAGAGUGCUGCCCGCCUCUGGGCUCCGAGUCAGCCAACAUCUGUGGCUCUCAAGAGGGCCGCGGGCAGUGCACAGAGGUGCAAACGGACACCAGGCCCUGGAGCGGCCCUUAUAUCCUUCGAAACCAGGAUGACCGUGAGCAGUGGCCGAGAAAAUUCUUCAACCGGACAUGCAAGUGCACAGGGAACUUCGCCGGGUAUGACUGCGGAGGCUGCAGGUUCGGCUGGACGGGGCCGGGCUGCGACCGGAAGAGGCCUCCGGUCCAGCGGAGGAACAUCCACGCCCUGAGCGCCCAGGAGAGGGAGCAGUUCCUGAGCGCCCUGGACCUGGCCAAGCGCAGCGCCCACCCCGACUACGUCAUCACCACGCAGCACUGGCUGGGGCUGCUGGGGCCCGACGGAGCGCAGCCCCAGGUGGCCAACUGCAGCGUGUACGACUUGUUCGUGUGGCUGCAUUACUAUUCUGUCCGGGACACGCUGUUAGGUCCGGGACGUCCCUACAAGGCCAUAGAUUUCUCUCACCAAGGGCCUGCAUUUGUCACAUGGCACAGAUACCAUUUGCUGUGGCUGGAGAGAGAGCUCCAGAGACUCACUGGCAAUGAGUCCUUUGCUUUGCCCUACUGGAAUUUUGCAACCGGGAAGAAUGAGUGUGAUGUGUGCACAGAUGACCUGCUUGGAGCAGCAAGGCAAGACGACCCAACCCUGAUCAGUCAGGGCUCCAGAUUCUCCACCUGGGAGAUUGUGUGUGACAGGAAUGCUCUGGAAGGGUUUGAUAAAGCUGAUGGAACACUGGACUCUCACGUCAUGAACCUUCAUAAUUUGGUUCACUCCUUCUUGAAUGGAACGAAUGCUUUACCACACUCAGCUGCUAAUGAUCCUGUUUUUGUGGUCCUCCACUCCUUUACGGACGCCAUCUUCGACGAGUGGCUGAGAAAAAACAACCCUCCCACAGACGCCUGGCCCCAGGAGCUGGCACCGAUUGGUCACAAUCGGAUGUAUAACAUGGUUCCCUUCUUCCCACCAGUGACUAAUGAGGAACUCUUCUUACCCGCAGACCAGCUUGGCUACAAUUAUGCCAUUGAUCUGUCAGUGGAAGAAGCUCCAGUUUGGACCACAACCCUCUCGGUGGUCACCGGGACACUGGGAACUUUCUUCGGUCUCUUUGGGCUGCUGGCUUUCCUUCAAUACAGAAGGCUUCGAAAGGGAUACGCACCCUUAAUGGAGACGGGUCUAAGUGGCAAGAGAUACACAGAGGAGGCCUAACGUGCCCUGGGGAAGAGGCCGCCACAGUCCUGAGCCAGGCAGUCACUCAGUACGUGCUCACUGGCCUUGGUGACAAUCUCCAACACGUGACGCCCCCAACAGAA